GUUAGUUACGAGUACAGUGCAUAGGAAAAACAGAAACCCAGAGUUUUGAUUUCCAUCCCUACCUUUAUAAAGGAUUAAUUCCCUUAAUUCAAUAAAAAAAAAAACUUGUCAAUUUAGCCUACAUCGAACUAGUUAAUAAGUUCUUCAGAUCAUCUUGAGAUCAAUUCGUACUGUUUAAUCAUGGCAUCAGAUGAUAGGGAGAGGCCUCUACCAAGAUUCGGGGAAUGGGAUGUGAACGAUCCUGCUACAGCUGAAGGAUUUACGGUGAUUUUCGCAAAAGCUAGUAAUGACAAGAAGGCUGCCAAGGCCUCUGGGAAUACACCCUCCAAGAAGCGGUACAAGGAUUCUGAUAAGCAAAAUGAUAAGAGGAAAUGGCUUUGUUGCAUUUCUGCAUGAUAUUUUUUUCCUCUCUGUCUCUGUUCAUGGCAAGUGUAUUAAUUCUAUAUAUAUAAAAAUUUUGAAGUGUUUUCUUUUUUGAGAGCGGAGAGAUGAUCGACUCCUAAGCUCAUGAAAAACCCAGAAUUCUUCAGAAAUGAAAUUUAAAGAUCAUGGAAAGAUCUUCUUUACUUUGACAAUCGUUACAAGGGAAUAAAAUUUAAGUUAGGCAAAUUCCUGGUCCUGCUGGCGGCUAGGCUUAAUCGAUCAGCCUACUGUACAAUUCUGAUUUCAACUUCCAACUUGUUUCUCUUUUCUUUGGAAUAGAUUACAAAAGAAUUACAAUAUGUACUACUAUUUACUUGCAAUUAUUUUGUUGAAUUUUCCUCUAUAUUAAUAAUAUAGUAAUCGAUUGAAAUAA